GCGGCGCCGGCAGGUUGGCGGCGGCCGCUAUUUGAGCGCUGGUCCGGGACCUGGCGCUCAGAGCGCUUCGAGCUAGCGCGGCGGAGAGAUCUCGGCGCGCAGCCCGCAGAGGCGCUGCGGUUCGGGCAGCCCCGGAGGCCACGCGCGAAGAAGGCAGAGGAGGAGGAGAGGCCGACUGCCACCCGCCCGCACCCCGCCACCCGCCGCCGCCUCCCCCUCCGCCGCCGCCCCCCACCCGCGGCGCCGCAUCUUGAAUGGAAACAUGGCGGUGCCGGCUCGGACCUGCGGCGCCUCUCGGCCCGGCCCGGCUCGGACCGCGUUCCCCUGGCACGACCGCGGCCCUCGACCUGGUCCAGGCGCCGGGCGCCGGGUGGCCCGGCCCCCGCGCCCGCUGUCGCUGCUACUGCCGCCGCUGCUGCUGCUACCGCUGCUCGCCGCCCCCGGCGCCUCUGCCUACAGCUUCCCUCAGCAGCACACGAUGCAGCACUGGGCCCGGCGCCUGGAGCAGGAGAUCGACGGGGUGAUGCGGAUCUUUGGGGGCGUCCAGCAGCUCCGCGAGAUCUACAAAGACAACAGGAAUCUGUUUGAGGUGCAGGAGAAUGAGCCUCAGAAGUUGGUGGAGAAGGUUGCGGGGGACAUAGAGAGCCUGCUGGACAGGAAGGUGCAGGCCCUGAAGAGACUGGCCGAUGCUGCAGAGAACUUCCAGAAAGCCCACCGCUGGCAGGACAACAUCAAGGAGGAAGACAUCAUAUACUAUGAUGCCAAGGCUGAUGCUGAGCUGGACGAUCCUGAGAGUGAGGAUGUCGAAAAGGGGUCCAAGGCCAGCACCCUAAGGCUGGACUUCAUUGAGGACUCAAACUUCAAGAACAAGGUCAACUAUUCCUAUACAGCCGUGCAGAUCCCCACGGACAUCUACAAAGGCUCCACCGUCAUCCUCAAUGAGCUCAACUGGACAGAGGCUCUGGAAAAUGUGUUCAUCGAGAAUCGCAGACAGGACCCCACGCUGCUGUGGCAGGUCUUCGGCAGCGCCACGGGAGUCACUCGCUACUAUCCAGCCACCCCGUGGCGAGCCCCCAAGAAAAUCGACCUGUACGAUGUCCGAAGGAGACCCUGGUAUAUCCAGGGGGCCUCGUCGCCCAAGGACAUGGUCAUCAUCGUGGAUGUGAGUGGCAGCGUGAGCGGCUUGACCCUGAAGCUAAUGAAGACGUCCGUCUGUGAGAUGCUGGACACGCUUUCCGAUGAUGACUACGUGAACGUGGCCUCCUUCAAUGAAAAGGCACAGCCAGUGUCAUGCUUCACACACUUGGUACAGGCCAACGUGCGUAACAAGAAGGUGUUCAAGGAGGCUGUGCAGGGCAUGGUGGCCAAGGGCACCACAGGCUACAAGGCCGGCUUUGAGUAUGCCUUCGACCAGCUGCAGAAUUCCAACAUCACUCGUGCCAACUGCAAUAAGAUGAUCAUGAUGUUCACGGAUGGUGGCGAGGACCGCGUGCAGGACGUCUUUGAGAAGUACAAUUGGCCCAACCGGACGGUGCGCGUAUUUACUUUCUCCGUGGGGCAGCACAACUACGACGUCACACCCCUGCAGUGGAUGGCCUGCGCCAACAAAGGUUAUUAUUUUGAGAUCCCUUCCAUCGGCGCCAUCCGCAUCAACACGCAGGAAUAUCUAGAUGUAUUGGGCAGGCCCAUGGUGCUGGCAGGCAAGGAGGCCAAGCAGGUGCAGUGGACCAACGUGUAUGAGGAUGCGCUGGGGCUGGGGUUGGUGGUGACAGGGACACUCCCUGUUUUCAACCUGACACAGGAUGGCCCUGGGGAAAAGAAGAACCAGCUGAUCUUGGGCGUGAUGGGCAUCGAUGUGGCUCUGAAUGACAUCAAGAGGCUGACUCCCAACUACACGCUUGGAGCCAACGGCUAUGUGUUUGCCAUUGACCUAAACGGCUACGUGUUGCUGCACCCCAACCUCAAGCCCCAGACCACCAAUUUCCGGGAGCCUGUGACUCUGGACUUCCUUGAUGCAGAGCUGGAGGAUGAGAACAAGGAGGAGAUCCGUCGGAGCAUGAUUGAUGGCAACAAGGGCCACAAGCAGAUCAGAACACUGGUCAAGUCCCUGGAUGAGAGGUACAUAGACGAGGUGAUGCGGAACUACACCUGGGUGCCUAUAAGGAGCACCAACUACAGCCUAGGGCUAGUGCUCCCCCCCUACAGCACCUUCUACCUCCAAGCCAACCUCAGUGACCAGAUCCUGCAGGUCAAGUUGCCAAUCAGCAAACUGAAGGAUUUUGAGUUCCUGCUCCCCAGCAGCUUUGAGUCUGAAGGACAUGUUUUCAUUGCUCCCAGAGAAUAUUGCAAGGACCUGAAUGCCUCAGACAACAACACCGAGUUCCUGAAAAACUUCAUUGAGCUCAUGGAGAAAGUGACUCCAGACUCCAAGCAGUGCAACAACUUCCUUCUCCACAACCUAAUCUUGGACACAGGCAUAACACAGCAGCUGGUGGAACGUGUGUGGCGGGACCAGGAUCUUAACACGUACAGCCUUCUGGCCGUGUUCGCCGCCACCGAUGGCGGCAUCACUCGCGUAUUCCCCAACAAGGCAGCUGAGGACUGGACAGAGAACCCUGAGCCCUUUAAUGCCAGCUUCUACCGCCGCAGCCUGGACAACCACGGCUAUGUCUUCAAGCCCCCACACCAGGAUGCCCUGUUAAGGCCACUGGAGCUGGAGAAUGACACAGUGGGCAUCCUCGUCAGCACAGCUGUGGAGCUCAGCCUGGGUGGACGCACACUGAGGCCAGCAGUGGUGGGCGUUAAGCUGGACCUAGAGGCCUGGGCUGAGAAGUUCAAGGUGCUAGCCAGCAACCGUACACAUCAGGACCAGCCUCAGAAGCAGUGCGGCCCCAGCAGCCACUGUGAGAUGGACUGCGAUGUUAACAACGAGGACCUGCUCUGUGUCCUCAUUGAUGAUGGGGGAUUCCUGGUGCUGUCAAACCAGAACCAUCAGUGGGACCAGGUGGGCAGGUUCUUCAGUGAGGUGGAUGCCAACCUGAUGCUGGCACUCUACAAUAACUCCUUCUACACCCGCAAGGAGUCCUACGACUAUCAGGCGGCCUGUGCCCCCCAGCCCCCAGGCAACCUGGGUGCUGCACCCCGGGGCAUCUUUGUGCCCACCAUUGCAGACUUCCUUAACCUAGCCUGGUGGACCUCUGCUGCAGCUUGGUCCCUGUUCCAGCAGCUCCUCUAUGGCCUCAUCUAUCACAGCUGGUUCCAGGCAGAGCCCGCGGAGGCCGAGGGGAACCCCGAAGUGCGCGAGAGCAGCUGCGUCAUGAAACAGACCCAGUACUACUUCGGUUCGGUGAACGCCUCCUACAACGCCAUCAUCGACUGCGGAAACUGCUCCAGGCUCUUCCACGCGCAGAGACUGACCAACACUAACCUUCUCUUCGUGGUGGCCGAGAAGCCACUGUGCAGCCAGUGUGAGGCUGGCCGGCUGCUGCAGAAAGAGACUCACUGUAUCCUGCCCGCGCCGCCGCCCGCGCCCCCUCCCGCCCCGCGUCCCCUCCUUGCCGCCGCCUCCUUGACUCCCCACCCAUGCCCAGCGGACGGCCCGGAGCAAUGUGAACUGGUGCAGAGACCGCGAUACCGGAGAGGCCCGCACAUCUGCUUCGACUACAACGCCACGGAAGAUACCUCAGACUGCGGCCGCGGAGCCUCCUUCCCGCCGUCAUUGGGCGUCCUGGUGUCCCUGCAGCUGCUGCUCCUCCUGGGCCUGCCUCCCCGGCCGCAGCCUCAAGUCCACGCCCACGCCUCUCGCCGCCUCUGAGUGCUCCCUCCCUGCCUAGGCCUCCCUGCCAGUCCCCUGCUCCCCCGCCCCACACUCCCCGCCUUAGAGCCUCACCCCCUCCCUCACUGAAGGACCUGAGCACGCCAGGCCCCCAAGAGUCUGCACCUGGUGGGCAGGGAGGUGGAUUCCCAAAGGAGAGCGUUUCACGUCUUUGGCCCCCAAGCCACAUCUAGCGCCUGAACUGUCAAAAGUGUCCCAAGACCCCUCACUCCCACUUGACUUACUCGACUCUCCCCCCAGGACUGGGCCAGGGAAGACACAGCACUGGUGCCAAACCAGGCCUCCACUGCCCACCCUGCCCUGAGGCUCCGUUUGUGUGGGAGGCCUAGGUCUUGCCCCAGGUGAACUCCUCUAACCUGGUUCUUCUGCCCUACCCAGGACCAAAUCUGGAUUCCCUGGGAAUCAUGGAGGAAGUUGAGAUGGGCAGUUUGAGGCCUGUGCAUCCCAGCUUAAGUCCUAGCAGAAGAGAGGUCCUUGGGCAGCCCUUCUGCCUCUCUCACGCCUACAGCCACCUCUCCCUCACCAAGCCCUGCAGGUUGCAGGACAGUGACUGGCUCAGACACAACCCCAUACACAUCUGGAGCCCUGAGGGCAGAAACUGGACUCACAUUAAACAUAUCCAGGAGGACACACACAAACACAGAUGUGCACAGACACACACAAACACAUACCGUGGGGUGGGGUGGGAGUGGGGGCUCACAAAGCCUUACACAGGAUGAAGGGUUGGUGGGAGGGUUGGCACAUGCACACUCCAUCUCCUGCUCACCAUCCGCCUCUAAUCUGACCUGCAGCCCAGCUGGUCCUCUGUCUCUAAAGCUGAAUGUCAAACAGUGCCAAAUGCUGGGGCAAGGGGUGAAGACCCCUCUGUCCCACCCUAGCCACCAGUGUCCCCUAAAUGCCCCUCACUCCACCAGGUGCUCAUUGUAACCAUUUCUCACUAGUGUCAGGCCUUCAGUGGGACCACAUGCCACUGCCUGCACCCCUCGUCAGAGGAACUCUCACCGGACAUUGCCCCUUGCCUUAGCGGGGUGACUUGAUCACUCCUAGCUGGGUCAUCCCACCCCCAGUCUGGCCCACACUCAGGCCUGUGCCCACUUCCACACACACUCCCUUGCCAAACUGCUCCUCCCUGCUGAACACUUGCACACACAUAAACACAUAUACACACUCGGCACACACACAGGCUGGGCCUGGGCUCAUCUUCAUUCUGGUCAUUUCCCCCAAAGGCAUCCCAGCCUGGGGGCCAGUGGGGGACUGAGGGCAGGAGGAUGUGGCCGUGGGGCUCAGAUGGAGUUGGAGGGGGGAGGGUGAUGCAUUAAUUAAUGGCUCCGUUAAUUAAUGUCACGUUGCUUGUUGCUUUCUCAGUGUGUGUGUAUGGUCCAUGCCUGCUGCUGGUGCCAGGGUGGGUGCCCAAGCUGUACACCCAGCCUGGAUGCCAGCCAUGUCUUGCGGGGGCGUGUGUGUGUAACUGUAGUGUAGUCAGGUGCUCAAUGGAGAAUACAAAAAUAAAAAAGAAUCAAACAUAUACAGAAAAUAUAUAUUUUAAGUUUAAAAAACAAAAGCAGACAAAACAAUCCCCAUCAGGUAGUUGUCCAACCCCCGGCUGGGUCUGAUCCUUCUCAUCACCCACCCGACCUGGCUGCCCCUUGCCUCGGGCUUGGGGGAUCUGUUGGGGGCUGGGGGUCCAUUUUCUCUUAUCUGCCCUUUUUUUUUGGUUGUUCUAUUUUGUACAGCAAGUUGGAAAAACAGCGACAAAAAAGUCAAGAACUUUGUAAAAUAUUGUGUGUGAUUCCUUGUAAAAUAUUUUCAAAUGGUUUAUUACAGAAAAUCAGUUAUUAAAUAAUGUUCAUAUUUUCACUUCAAA